AUGUCGACGACAAUCGCCAAGCGCAAGCGUGCAAGGAAGGCAUGUAUCCCUUGUCACCAGCGCAAGCGGAAAUGCGACACCGAGUAUCCUUGUGGCAUGUGCACCACUUACGACUAUAACUGCACGUACGCCGCCGACGACGACACCACUGGCACUGCGGGCAGCGGCGUACAUGUUCCGCCCGCAGCCAAGCGUAUCGGCCUCGAUGGCAGAAGUCUUUUGACGAGCCGGUCUCAUGCAGAGCAGCGCCCCCACGAAGUGGACGGCUCAUCGACGAAGAGUCCCACCGUCGUAGUUAGCGCGUCCGGAGGCAUCUUCGACGAGCACAAGUCAAGAUACGCUGGGGCAUCAGCGGCCAUGGCAUUUCCACACAUCCUGGGCGUGGCUCUCGGCUCCGGCAGUCCUCCCAAGAUGCGAUCGUUCGCCUACAACUUUGGCAUCCGCCCAGAAGAGCCAUCCGACACUCACUGCUUGCUCGGGAAGCUCAUCUCGGAGGAGGACCUCAGCUUCUUCUCAAAUGUGUAUUUCUCGGUAUUGGCCCCUAUCGGCGACGUGUUGGAUCCGAGAAUCUACGCCCAGCGGUGUCGGGAUUAUUACUCUGGCUCUGGUAGCACCGGGGUUGCCUUUGCCGCCGUGGCCGCUGGCGUAGCCAGUCUUGGGUCGUUCCUAUCCCCCAACAGACAUCCGCGGGAGUCUGACCUGGUGCAGUACGCCAAAGCCAUUCUCGAUGAUCCGGCCUCCAUGCGCAUGCUAAGCAUCGACCAUAUCAUCGCGUGGGGCAUGCGGGUGCUUUACCUGCGUGCCACGACCCGCCCCAACAACGCCUGGAUCGCUUCCUGCACUCUCAUGCACCUAUGCGAAACGGUGGGGUUGCACGAGGAAGGGAACAUCAAGAAGAUGGCGUCCAUGGCCGGCGCUGCCAUCGUUGGACAUGAUGCGGACCGUCUGAGGAGAAUUUUCUGGAUCUCUUGGGCUGGACAUAACAUGCUGUCCUAUGAGCAAGAUUGUACGGCUGUACAUUUUCGCGCUGUGACUUGUCAGGCUAUAAUCCCGACACCAGGAUCCAUUGCCGACCAGUUUGUGCAGUUAGUCCAAAUCAUCCCGGCGCCCAACUCCCCGUUCCACCUUCAAUGUCAACCUGCAAAUCCGAGUGAGGAGCUAUUUGAGCGUCUCAAAGCAUUGAAUGAGCUCCAAGUCACGCAUCCGUUCCUGGUGGCGACCAAGGCCGACAUCGCGUUUUGCUUCUUUCGACGCAUUUACCAUCUUAAGACCUGCAUAUCGGACGGGUUCAUCAAGCUCGUCAUUGAUAGCGGCAACGCCGGGGUGGAGGCGGCCGAGCAGCUAGCUAACCAGGGUCGUUUGUUUUGGAAUGUCAUCGGCAGCGUCUUCCAGUAUGCCUGCAUCCUGUUGGCUAUAGACACACCAGCUGCAUCCGCCCACAUCGCCACUGCCUUCAGGGGCUUGGAGAACCUUGUCAAGGCUGCUGAUACAGGACUGACGCGUGAGGCGUUGUCGAUAGCGCGGUAUCUGCUUAGCCUUAAUAUGGCAAAGAAGCGAAAGGAGCUUGCUCAGCUGGAAGCUGUUGAGACAAGCUACCAAUUGUUUCAGACCCAGCCGGCAUCCGAGGUCAGCAAUUCUGUACCAGACAUGAACUGGGAGCUGGACUGGGACCAGUUCUUCAUCGAGCCAUAUCUGUCGAUGCUCGGUUCUGACCUCCAGUUAUAG